CCGCUGCAGGCCGCUACUGGAGCGCGCCGUAGGGCAAUAUAUAUGAGGCGAGGGACUCGGAGAGCCGAUGACGCACCUGCGUCCCACUCGGCUGUCUGCGAUGAGGCCGCUGCCGGCGCUCCUUCUCGCCCUCGCCGCUCUCGUCUGCACAGCAGCAGCUUGUUCACCCGCAGACGCCACGUUCGACGGCUGCAACUGGUGCAUCUGCAACACCGAGGGCGAGUGGUCUUGCAGCGAGAAGCAGUGCUCCACCCCGUCGCCAGAUGAUACAAGAAACAUCGACAGAGUGACGUAAUGAACCACCACAAAGAUGAUUCUGCGAGAGCUCGGCUGGGAGGGAUUACUGGAAAAUGAAAUCCGGGACAGACCCGGAGUGCCCACUCGUUUCAAAAAACGCGGCAGGGGAGACGUCGGCGGACGCAAAUAGGAGGAGACGGAGUGACUGCCCCUCGGGCGUGGCCUCCGCCGGGUGGGGAGCAACAAGCCGUUCCCAGGCCUGCGUCACUUCCGGUUGCCACCACCCGGCGUAGGACACGGGCGCGGGGCAGCCGCGCCGUACGCUUUUAUUUGUGUUUGCCGACCUCGCCUGUGCUGUGCUUUCUGAACCGAGCGCGGAACACCGGAUCUCUCCCGGAUUUUAUUUUCCAGUAAUCGAUUCGCACCACUGAUGUACUCUUCGUAUCGACCGCACAGUACUGUAAUGUUUUUCUGUUGAUCUGAAGUGUCACACAAGUAAAGAUUGUCUGAUAUGGAAAAAUCUUAA